AAGCUAAAGCGACGCGUGCUCUUCAUGCUUCUUACUUGGCCUCAGAAAUGAGCCUUCUCUUUCGUACGCUUUGAGCUCUGAAGCUCUCUCGGCUUGUCUUAUUUCCCAAGCAAAGUAAAGAAGCUCGCUCUUCUGGGUCUCUAAGAAAUUUCAUGUGAACCGCCAAAAUCAACCAUAACAGAUUAAGAUACCAUGAAAGAGUUAAUUAAUUUCAACCAGGUCCUCUUAAGCAUGUAGAGAUUGAAGAGUGCCUUUAGUAUUAUAGAAUAGUCUGGUAUACUAAGCUUUCUCUAAUGGGUGGAGUUAGGCUUUCCAUAUUGAAAUCACUUUGCAAGUCUACCAGUUGCUCUUAUGCGAAAUUUGGCAGUUACCAGUAUAUAAGACCAGCAUAUGCUUUUGUAAAUCGCAGUUACCAUUCUAAGGAAACACAAUCUCUUAAAACUUUUGCGAAGACGCAUUCUAGAGCAUUGGGUUCUGAAUCACUUGCCAACAUCCAAUCUUACAGAACCAAACCCAUUUCAGCAUUUUCACCCACAUUGUCAAAUUCACAUAUUAGGAGUGCUACUCCUCUUUUUUUGGUAAAUCCAAUUUUGAAUAGCCGUUCAUACUCAUCAUCUGUUGGUAGCAAUGCUGAUAAAGCUGGGCAACCAGGACUAGGAGUUCCGGCUGCUUCUGGUGGCAGUGAAGUGGAUAUUGGUAAUAGUGGUAUUGUUGGCAGUGAUUGGGUUGCUAAGGUUAAGGAUGCAUGGCAGAGUGCUGUGGAUGCAGCAACUUAUUCUGGACAGAAGGCUAAAGAAACCUCUGUUGAGCUGUCACCUUAUGUUCAGCAGUUGCUGGAUUCCUAUCCACAUCUUAGAAAUGUGGUUGUUCCUGUUGGUUGUACUUUGGCAGGUACUAUAUUUGCUUGGCUGGUGAUGCCGAGGCUUUUCAGGAGAUUUCACAAGUACGCAAGUCAAGGGCGCACUGCGUUACUAUCAGGACACCUAUCUGAGGAGCCAGUUCCAUAUGAGAAAAGUUUUUGGUGUGCUUUGGAGGAUCCAGUGCGAUAUCUAGUUACUUUCAUGGCAUUUUCACAAAUUGGCAUGCUGGUAGCACCGACCACUAUAGCUUCUCAGUAUCUUGCACCGGCAUGGAGAGGUGCAGUUAUCCUUUCAUUUGUGUGGUUUCUGCAUCGGUGGAAGACAAAUGUGUUCACUCGUGUAUUGGCGACUCAAAGUUUGCCUGGUCUUGAUCGGGACAAGUUGCUAGCUAUAGAUAACAUUUCAUCCAUUGGUCUUUUUGUCAUUGGGAUAAUGGCUUUAGCUGAGGCAUGUGGGGUGGCUGUGCAAUCAAUUCUUACAGUUGGUGGCAUAGGAGGAGUUGCUACGGCUUUUGCUGCCAGAGACGUCCUUGGAAAUGUUCUAAGUGGUUUCUCUAUGCAGUUUUCAAAGCCCUUUUCGCUUGGGGAUACAAUAAAAGCUGGAGCUAUAGAAGGUCAAGUGGUGGAAAUGGGACUUACUACCACUUCGUUAUUGAAUGCAGAGAAGUUCCCUGUCAUAGUUCCGAAUUCACUGUUUUCGAGUCAGGUAAUUGUGAACAAGUCGCGUGCGCAAUGGCGUGCCAUCGUCACCAAAAUUCCCCUGCAAAUUAAUGAUUUGGAUAAGAUUCCCCAGAUAUCAAAUGAUAUAAAGAGCAUGCUAAGGUCACACUCGAAGGUGUUUUUGGGAAAGGAGGCCCCUUACUGUUUCCUGUCUCGUCUAGAAAGUUCAUUUGCCGAAUUGACUCUUGGAUGUAACCUCAAACAUAUGAGCAAAGGUGAGUUGUACUCUACCGAAGAAGAGAUUAUUCUGCGGUCGGCCCAGAUAAUCAAGGAGCAUGGUGCUAGGUUGGGCAGCACCUUCCAAGAUAUGACCACUCAAUAGUCUCACGAAUUAUAUGACUGCUAUCAUACAGAUAAAAGUUUUUGAUGAAUAUGAGUCACCACACACAACACUAGUUUGUCUUGACAAGAGAGCUGCAUAUAGGAUCCAUUGUGUAAAAUCCAUUGCUGUGUCUUUUUCAACACAAAUGUCAAGGUUUAAUCUUUUGUGUGCAAAUAUUCUAUGGAAUCGCCCCAUCCACUCUAUGGUGGGUGAGAUUCGACCGUUGCAACGAACCGGGUUUCAUAUUUGAAAUGUGGUUGCAGGCUCAACGCCAUUUGGUUGAGAAAAAGAUUGAGCAACUGGAAUAUAACAUAUCACAUAUCAACAAUUAUGGGGAACAUCACUCACUUUCUUGCUUUCUUUGCAUGGUCUGGUUUUGUUUUUGCCCCUUCAGGAAAAGCUUACCUAAAAAUUGAAACAGAAAUUAAGAUGAUCAGGUGAUCUUGUAACAUUAACCAAGGGUUUUGUUUGGCUGAAAACAUCAAGAGUUCAAAACCCAACAUUAUCAUUAUGGCAAAAGAUCUUCGAGUUGUGAUGCUUCCUGGUCUGCCUUCGGCCAUAUUAUGCCUUAUGAAAACUUUCCAUAACCUUGGCAAAAGCCAGAGUUCAUGCCCAUUCCACUUCCAGAAGGAGCUGAGGCCUCUGUGGCAUAUGAUCUGCUGCAACAACCCAUUAUGCAGUUCAUGGAACGCGAUCAGAAGCUGCAUCAAGAAGAUCAUUUAGGAUAUUGGGAGCACUUGAGACAUGAUGGAAAUGAUGACGUCAGCGCAUAUUGGGAACUGGCUGGAAGAUACGUGACGGCGUUGACUGUCUGGUGGGCCUAAACUCGCCUGUUCUAUCUUCCAUGGCUUUCUUUAUCUAUUCUCUCCAAAGCCACAAAAUGCUUUUCGUUGGGCACUGCAACAUUUCUUAUUGGUGGUGAAAGCCUUAGAAGACUAGAAACAGGGAUACUGUAACAUUGGUGAUUAUAUUGUUAAUCACAUCUUAUUCAUAUAUCGAUGUGACCAUUAUACUGUAAGAUGUGAUUAUAUGGUAUCAACAAACACAUCGACGUAUCACAUUUAGUGAUUAUAUUGUUAAUCACAUCUUAUUCA